CUCAUACAUCCUUUGAAGUGGGGGAGUCUCAGAUAUCCGGUAGUCCGCGAAGGCGCCAUAGAGCUCAUUCAUUGCUGAGCGAAGCGGACAGAACUCAGACACCUCGCCGCAACGAGACGCGUCUAGAAGGGCUUUAAAGUGAUCGUUUCGUCCGCAAGAUGAUGAAGGACCAGAUGGGUGCAGCCAUCCUGGCUGUGAUGUUUUCCUUUGCACUGUGCUGCGUUUGGGCUGCUUCAGAAUGCUCCCCGUCCACCACGGAGGCUCCCGGCGGCUCCCGCUCCCUGUCGGCUGCUAUCGACACCCAGAGAGCGGAGGAGAGCAGGAGGCAACACCUGGAGGCGCUGUUCCAGAGAUACGGAGAGAACGGCACCAUCUCUCUGGAAGGUCUGAAGCGUCUCUUAAGAAGCGUCGGUCUGGAUCGGAUCAGAAACAUCAUGGUGAAGCAUCAGGAACAAGCAGGCGACCACCAUCAUCAUCAUCAAUUUGGCCAUCAUCAACACCACCAUCAUCAUCACCAUGUCCAUAAAGCUAACCACAGGAACCAGACUGCUAGUCAGAACAGAACUGGGAGUUCUGACCUGCAGCUAAUUAAACCCAGUAUGGCGGCGGGUCAGGAGGUCAGAACCACAGCUGGAAACGGCGCCGGUGUGUCGGUUAAAACGAAGAAGAGAAGCUUGGAUGGAGCGAGUCCACCUGGAGACGGAGGCGCCGCCAUGAUGGCGCUGAAAGAGGGGUCGGCGGAGACGAAUCGAGAUGAUCAUGAACACCACCAUGGCGACCACGAUCACCACGGCGACCACGAUCACCAUGACCAC